AUGAACUCAAUCAGGCACAACUUAUCGCUUCACAACAGAUUCAUGCGGGUUCAAAAUGAAGGCACGGGAAAAUCCUCUUGGUGGAUGAUUAACCCUGACGCAAAACCCGGAAAAUCUGUAAGACGAAGAGCAGCAUCUAUGGAAACUAGUAAAUUUGAGAAAAAACGGGGUAGAGCAAAGAAAAAAGUCGAAAUGAUAAAAAACGGCUACCUGCCCGACACAACACCUAGUCCUAGUUCAUCUGUAUCUGAGAGUUUAGACUUGUUUCCAGAUUCGCCGAUUCACAGCGGCGGUUUCCAAUUGAGCCCAGAUUUUAGACCAAGAGCCUCUUCGAACACUUCUUCGUGCGGGCGCCUGUCCCCCAUCCCUUCUGUAGGAGCCGAAUCCGAAUGGGCCACGCACAAUCAAUUUAACAGCCAAACCUAUAGUCCAGAUAUUGUACCCAGCGGUAAUUAUUCGCCAGAUCAAUUGGCGGGAAACCUCCAGCAGGGGAUGAAGCUCGAACCAGACACAUAUUUGGGGUAUAUGAAUGGGCAACCAGCACAGCCCCCUCCACCGCCAUAUACAGCUCCUUACGAACAAUUUCCUGGAUGUAGGGACCUAGGAGGCGCCAUACACGCCACCUCUCCUUACGGAUUAACGCAAUGCCCAAUCCACCGUAUCCAAUCGUGUUCUUGUAUGCAACCAAUUAAAGUAGAGAGUAUGUCACCUGCAGGCAUGUCCCCCUCGUACCCCCACUCAGAACCCUCGCCGGACCCCCUUAGCUCUCAAUAUCUAAUUAACAGAAUGCAACGACCUCCUUCGAGUAGUCCUCCUCUAACUCCGCAACCAGCACAGCAACAAAACAUCCCCUCGACGAUGAUGGGCCAGAUGAUGGCAGCGCUCAACAACAGCGCCAUCUUGGAUGACCUAAAUAUCAACGUUGAGUCGUUGCAGGGUGGCUUUGACUGCAACGUCGAAGAAUUAAUCAACCACGAACUGAACAUGGAGGGUAGUUUGGACUUUAAUUUCCCUAACCAACAACAUGCGGUACCAGCUACCGUGUCUGCACAGAACGAACCACAUACGGGAAUAACGAAUAGUCAGCCUAGUGCGCCACCUACAUACUCGACUACGGUAACGACACCGUCCUGGGUGCAUUAACAAAGAAAUUUCAGGAAAUGAAUUUCUGCAACCAUAGAAUCAAGUUUAUGUAGAUUGGUUCUGCGCCGCUAUUCUAUCUGUUGUGCAACCGUUGACAGUGUAAUCUUGUUAAAAUGAUCUCGUGUUAUGCUCAUUAUUAAUUGUUUGUACAGAAAUGAAUAUGCUUUUAUGUCUUUUCUAUUACAAGAAAUAAUGUUAGUUUUAUGAUCUAGAAGCAGACCCAAAAAGAUCCCGACACAAAUUAAAUGAAUCAAAUAUUUAUUUAUUGAUGUAUUUGACCAAAUGGUUUACUAAAUGAUCAAAUCUUUUUGCCAACAUUGAACAAAUUAUCAGUUGUUGUUGUUAAACAUUAAUGGGUUUAUACAUCCAGUUUGUUCCCAGCAAACACGUAAGCACGUUUAUUGUAGAGAAUAUUUAAUUUAGACAUUAUACUUUGCUACCUAAAGUUUUCUAGUCACCGUUUUCGUAUUCAUAGUGUAGGACCGUGAGACUAAAACAAAUCAAAUAUACUUGAAAUGUGUUAAACCAAAUUUUUUGAUUUGUACAAUUUCGGAAUCUAAAAGAAAUUUACUUGUAUCCCAUGUGUCUUCUCAAACACGAUUGUCGACAGGUUAAAUCUUACCAAUACUAACUUAGUCUUAAUAAGUUGGACUGUAAAAGUCAUGGAGAUUAUAUAUGUACCAUCUAAUUGUCUGUCAUGUAAUAGUUAACAAGUACUUUUCGUAUAUACAAUUCCCCUUAAAUACUUUUGUUUGUACUGUUAAGUGCGUCUUUAAUUUAAUAGUAAUAUCCAACAGUUUUUGGUGUUUUACUCUUUACUUUCCAGUGUCUCCAGAUCAUCGAUCCAUGGAAAAUAUCAAUAUCAGUAGCCAUUAUUUCUUCGAUUGGAUUUUUUGCUACUUUUUUGAUCUCCCUAAUGUCUCGUUUUGAAUAAUUUCUAUAUACAAUGACAACCGUUUUAUGACAUGCUGUAAAAACUAAUAUUUUUAUCUACUUUUACAUACAUGUGUUUCAUCCAAUUUUUUGAUACUGUUACUCUCCGAUUUAUUGAUUCUUCUUUGUGUUCAGGUUUUAUUUUAUAUAAUUUAUGUAACUAAAAUAUCUCCCUAUAUAUGUUGCUAACUUUUCCAUUUUCUAAUACCCUGUUACUUUCUUUUUUGCUUUCAUUUGCAUGAAUCUUUUUAUCUACCAUUUUGCAAAUAAAGUCUUAUAUUUUCACCUCUGUGAGGUUUCACGUCAGUAAUUCAUUUUACAUUUAAUUGAUUUAGGUUUAACAUCAAAGACAGUUCAACACAAUCAAGUGAUCUGAUUCCUACAUCUGUUAAAUCCCGAAUACUAGCAAAAACAUCAAUAAAGUAGCCAAAUGACCCAGUGCAACUCAUGCUGAAUAAAAUAGUACCAUCGAGAAAACCUAAUGUAUGGAUAGACAGUUAUAGUGUUUGACCGUUUGUUCAACUUAAGGCCUAACACUGUUAAGCCAUCCUAAUUAAAAUUAAUUAAUGAUAAUUUAGAGGUAGCCUACGACUAAAAAAUCUUACGAGCAAAUUUUAAUAUAACGUGUUAUUUUCCAUAAGAAAAUCUGUUAGAAUAAUAAUAUGUAAAAUCUUAGUUUCCAUGUCAGAUGAACAAACUAGGUGGAACAAUAAUGUAAGUUAUCUGAUUUGAAUGGAACUUUUUGGGUCCUCUUCCGAUCUCUGCCUUCAUUAAUUUCUCAUUUCUGGUGCCAUUUGUUCUACAGUUUUAAGUUCAUAGAUGCCAAUUUUUAUAAGGUAAGCGGUAUGGGUUGGCAGCUCAAUAUUCCCUGAAAAAAGAAAAAAAACAAAAAAAUGAAAAUGUUGUUCGAUUACUAGUAAUUUUUUUUUAAAUUUGUAAUUUAUAAGGCCAGAUUGAUUAUACAUAGUGUAAAAUAAGAGUUAAUAUAACAAUUUGAAGCAGCAUCUCGUAAGAAAAUGUCAAAAUACCGUCGACUUUUCAAGAAACAGAGUUCAAAUAUUUAUUUUGGGUGUUUUAUGCAAAGCUAGUCUUAUGAUUUGUGAAUAUAAAUGUUCUUUUUGACGAUGUAUAUAGAAAGAUAAUUUUAAAAUACAUAUAAAGUUUUAUUUGCUUAACUUUUAAUGUUGAAAACUUCAAGUCAGCUCUAAAAUUUUAUAAGUGUCGUUAAAUCAUAAAAUCAACAUUAGGUAAAUAUGUUACAGCAUAUAUCACAGUCAUUAAAUCGUACAAUUACAUAUAAAUGCCAGAUACUAAAGUUUGUUACAUAAUUUGGCAUAAUUUGUUAAAAACACUUUUUAAACGGAUUUCAUUGUUUUGUGAGUGUCAAACUGUCAAAAGCUUUGUGUACUUACCUGCUAUUACAUAUGUUAUACUGUUACUACUUGGACGUUUCUUUCCUCACGUGAUCACUUUUAUUAGUCUGCUUGAGGUUUUUAAUAAAACAAGGAUCUCUUUCUGAUUUUUACGUACCAGUUUUUAAAAAAUUUCACCUUUAUGUUGUCCGCAAUAACCAUAUUUGGCGCAGUCUGUAGGAUAAAACCCACAAUUUUAAAAACUAGUACGAAACUAAAACUUAGAAAUGGAUCGAAUUUUUUAUUAAAUAACUAUUUGGACUCUAUAUUACAUAUAUUUUUUUUGUAUAUAGCAUAGUGUUAGUUGUUAGGUGCUUCGUGUACCUCUUUUGUUGAUUUAUUUUUGAUUUUUAUAAAUAUUAUAUAAUACACAUUAUAUAUUCAUUUCAUUCUCGUCAUGCGGUACUGGUCAUAUGAUUCGUG